GGCUGGGCAGGGCCGGGCGGCCGUGCGCACGGCUGCGGGCCCGCCCGCCGGCCUGCGUCAGAGCCGGAGUUUUCCACUGACGGAGGCAGGAGCUGGAGGAGGAGCCGCCGCGGGGGCCGGAGCGCGCAGCUGAGCGGCGGGCCGGGCGGGCAGACGGGCAGACGCGCGGAGAGGCGGGGAAGGGCAGUCACGGGCUGAGCAGCAGCCGAGCCCGGCCGAGCCCGAGCCUGAGCGGCGCCCGCCGAGCCCGGCCCUGGGAUGCGAAGCUGAGCCGGAUCCGUCCAGUCCCGUCGGAUCCCGCGCCGGCCAGCGCCGCCACCUACGAGAAGCUCUCCGGGAUUGCAGCAGGCGCAGCCAUGAUGAGCGGCCUUCUGAAGAGGAAGUUUGACCAGCUAGAAGAUGAUACCUCGGCCUCCUCCGUGUCAUCCCCCUACUCGCGCUCCUGCUCGCCGACGACCUCCGAAUCCUCGAGCUGGGACUCUGAUGAGGAGGUGCCACCGGCUGCCUUCGUGCCCAGAGACCUUGUCGCUCCGUCCAUCCUCAAGAAGAGCCGGCGCUCUCCAGCGCGCAGCGUGACCUUUGCCGGAGUGACCGUCUUCUACUUCCCAAGAUGCCAGGGCUUCACCAGCGUGCCCAGCCGAGGGGGCUGCACCCUGGGCAUGGUGAGGAGGCACAACGCCUGCUGCCACUUCAGCCUGGAGGGCUUUGCCCAAGAGCAGGCCCGCUCCCGGAAGGAGAAGCUGCGCAUGAGGCUGAGGGAGGAGAAGCUGGAGGCCCUGAAGUGGAAGGUGAAGGACAGCGGGGAGUCCGAGGAGCCGCAUCCGCUGCCCCCGGAGGAGCUUGACGUGGAGGUGACCGAGGAGGAGCUGGACAGCGGAGCCUUCCUGCAGCCGUACUCGGCCCGCCAGCGGCGCAGGCUGCUCCGGGCCACAGGCGUGCGGCGGAUCGACAGGGAGGAGAAGCAGGAGCUGCAGGCCAUCCGGCUCUCCCGGGAGGACUGCGGCUGCAAGUGCCAGGACGUGUGCGACCCCGAGACUUGCAGCUGCACCGCGGCUGGGAUCAAAUGCCAGAUGGACCACACGUCCUUCCCCUGCGGGUGCACCAAGGAGGGCUGCGGCAAUCCGGAGGGCCGGGUGGAGUUUAACCAGGCCCGCGUGCAGACCCAUGCCCUCCACACCCUCACCCGCCUGGAGCUGGAGAGCCGGCAGGAGAGCGUGGGCUGUGAGCUGCUGCAGGACGCCUUUGAGGGCCUGGAGGACGAGGCCGGGCCCCUGGGGCCUCCUCCCCCGACCCCGACUUUCCCCUUCCCCCUGGACCUGGGUGAGAGCAGCUGCAGCAGCGACAUGAGCGACUCCGCGGCCUCCUCGGUGCCCAGCGAGGACCCGGCCGAGGGGGCGCCCUACGGGGGAGCCCCGUCCCCGGGCCAGCCGAUGUCCGAGGGGGGCGAGGACGGCCUGGCGCGGAUCCUGCAUUUCGGCGACCCUGACGCCCCGGAAGCGGACGAGGAGGAAGGGGCCGCGGCUCCCGGCACGCCCCAGUGCCCGGAUCACUUCGGCUUCCCCUCCCUGGACCUGUUCGGCGCGGCCGACGGCUACCCCAGCCACAUCGCCAGCCUGGUCUCCGACUGCCUGGAUGAGAACGCCAACCAGGAUGCCCUCUGCUGCCUGAACGGCCUCCCCGCCCGGCCAGCCGUGGGCCCCGGGCCCUGCUGCCCCCUCCCUCCCUCCACAGACAGCUGUAAGAGCUACACAGACCUGUCGUCCUCCGACUCCCUGGAUCUCUUCCAGUCCUUCUCCGACUACAGCCUGGGCCCGCUCUACCCCUCGCCCAAGGACUUGGAGAGCGGGGAGGCCCUGCCCGGGCCGCAGCCCGCCUUCUCCCCCGCCAGCGACCCCGCCGCCUGCUUCCUGGAGUCCCUCAUCGGCCUCUCGGAGUCGGUCCCCGAGGUGCCCGCCCCCUUCUCGGACAACCAGCUGCUGGAGGACGCCAUCAAGUCGUCCCUCAUGGAGAUGGUGAAGGUCUGAGAGGCCGGCGGCGGGGGUGGGGGCGUCACUCAGGGACUGAGGGAGUUCUGUCGCAGCCGAGCCGCCCAAGCACCCGGACGUGGGCUGGCGGUCGCACCCAGCUCCUGGGACUGACGAGGCAGACCUCUUUCCUAUUUAUUGCAAACCGAAGGGACUGGCGCGCUCACUGGAGCCGAAAAUAAUAUAAAUCUUAUUUAAACCGAUCGUCCGUACCUCAGAUGUAUUGGGGGCAGCGCAUGCCCGUUAUUUUUUUAUUAGAAUACAUCUGUAUUUAUUAUUAUUAUUUUUUCUUACACUCUGUACCGAGGAGAGCACUGAAGUUUUGGGCACAAACUGAAAGGUACGGUGGGAGCCCCCACCCCCGUCUGAGCCCCUUGUCUGAGACUCCGCCCUCCUCGUUCCCUUCCAUCCAGAGGUUUUGGACAAAAAAAGACCUUCGAUUUCCUGAAAAGCUUUGUCAGCUUUGCCGCCGUUCUUAGAGACUAAGGAUGCUCGGGCCGAAGCAGCCGCUGCUCAGGCCCCCGGCGGCGUUGAGGUCGCGGUGCGCAGGGCGGCUGAAGGGCGCGUGCCUCCUCUGGAACCCGAGUAAAGCCGCACAGAGCCUUUGUAAGUUAUUUCUGUAAUUUAUUUAGAAAUUGAUGAGGAUUUGGCCCGAGGCCGAAGCGAUGGGCUCCCCCCGGGGCCGGCUGGCGCCCCACCCGGCUGCCGUCUGUCCAGCUGAGUUGAGCCAGAGAAUCAGAACCUGGGGAGCCAUUUCUGCCCGCAAAGGGGACCCUCCCGGUUCCCUGUGGCCGGACGGUCUGGGUGCACACGUGCUUCACGUGGGCGCUUGUGUGUUCUGAUCCGAAGUACCAGCCUGGAAAGGAAACAAUCUGGACUCGGUGGGGAGAGGGCCGAGAAGGGUGGGUGGGGCCCCUGGCCUUUGCACCCGGGGCAGCCCCCGCACAUCCCACCCCAACCAGGACAGCGAAGCCCCUGCCGGGUCAGCUCUGGAGCCCCCAGAGAUCAUCCCCUCUUGAUUGGGAACAUUCCAGGCCCACGAUCCCCUCCCCACUGAGCCCUCUGGGGCUUGAACUGGAGCUGUUUUCCAAGCUCCCUUUUCCCUGUCCUUCCCCUCCCUGCUCCGGGACACCAGAGGGUAGAGAGGAGAGUAUGGCCCGAGCAUGGGGCCGCUAGCGGGAUGGGGGAGGGGGGGGUGACUGGCCAGCUUGCCUCCUGGGGCAUCGGGAACCCCUCUUCCCCCCCCCCCCCCGUAGAUUUUACAGUUGUCAAAAUGUAGACAUUUUCCAGGCUCAUUCUCUUUGCCAAAAAUCAACGUUUCCUUCCUCGGUUGGGUGCUCAGCAUGGACAGAAUGGGCAGUCUGCCCCGGCCCCAGGGCUUCUGGGGUGGCCUCCCUUGGGUCACUUGUCCUCCUGUAUAUAUGUCAUGAUUAUUUUGCUUAAAGGUACAAGUAAAGAAAAUGCUUUAUUUUUAA